AUACUCAAUCUCGUCAGUUGAGAGUUGAAUAUCGGUUAUAGCGGAUGGAUUUUAUAAGCCGUUUCAGAGUGCUUCAAACAUUUUAUUAGGUGAUUGUUGUUACACAAAUGUGUACAUCAUUUCUAAUUUGAAAAUCAGUCCGAUAUUAUAUUCGUGGCUUAUCAACACAUGAUAUUUUUCGGUUGCAUUUAAAUUUUGUGGAGUGAAGACGAAACAGGCUUCUAGAACCAAAUGAAUUCUAUGUUUUUGUUUCUAUAAAAAAAUUUACCAAAAUUUUUAUUUUGUGAUUUAAAACAACAAACACUGUAGACGCAUCUCUAUUUUGGUUACUUUUUUGUUUUGUUUCUUUUGUCGUUUUUAUUACAACCAAAAUUUUUACUAUAUUUUUUCGUAUGGAAUAUCAGUGAAUUAUCUUUCGUAUACGUGAGUUUAUUUUCGAAAAGAUUUAUGUUUACAAGAAAUAUGAUUUAUUGGUGACUGUAACUUAAGAUUACACUUACACAGAAAAUACAACACCAAAACAAACGCCACAGAAGACUUGUAAACGCUAAAAAGAAAGUGAUGAAUAUUCGAAAAAGUAUUUUGUUAUUUUGUGCGAUAAUUUCCAGUUUUGUUUCAUAAAAAAAAAGUUCGGUUAAAAUUUGCGGUGUCUUUAUUUCAAAGAAACUCGUUUUAUUUUUUUUGAUGUAUAUGAGGAUUACAUUUAAAGAGAGAAAGAUAUCCCCCAAAGUUAUGAAGGAUACACCAACACACAACAACCAACAAUUAAUAAAUCAAGAUGCAUACGAACGGACUAGGAUGAGACGAACGUUUUGCUGAGCUUCAUUUCCUCAACCCGAAUGAGAGAGUACCGCAUUUCAACGAUAAGCAUUUUGGAAUACUAUAAAUGUUAACGUUUGUAAAUAAGGUGGACGUAGUCGUUGCUGAAAAGACGAAAUUAUAGCAAUUGAUUUAAAAACCGCAAUAUCUCGCAUAAAGAAGCAGCAAGAAAAAAAAACGAAACAAAGAAUAACGACGAACCAUGUCAGCUGUGCAAUUGUUAAUGUUUGUGAUUUUGGCAUCGGCACUGAGUCUGGUCGCUCCAUUAGCAAAUUGUCCGAGUGCAUGUCAAUGUGAUGAUGAUACAUUGGUCGUCCGAUGCGGUGAAGGACAUCUCGACGUUCUGCCCAUCGCUCUGAAUCCGUCCAUACUGCGAUUGGUCAUCAAAAACAAUAAAAUCAAAACAAUUGAUUCGUCGAUACAAUUCUAUUCGGAACUGCGGUUCCUCGACCUGAGCUACAAUCAUUUAUUUAACAUACCGCCGCGGACGUUCAACUACCAGAAGAAUUUGCAGGAAUUGCAUUUGAAUCACAACAAAAUCGGUUCCAUUUCGAAUCGAACGUUCACCGGGCUCAUUACACUAACAGUGCUGAAUUUGAGAGGAAAUUUUUUGGAUGAACUCAGCGCUGGAGUGUUCUCGACAUUACCGAAAUUGGAAGAAUUGAAUAUCGGACAGAAUCGCAUUACGCGAAUUGAUCCGAAUGCAUUUGAAGGGAUUUUAAAUUUGAGAGUUCUGUAUUUGGAUGACAACACAUUGACAUCAGUCCCGUCACCGACAUUCGUUCACAUACCAAGCAUAGCCGAAUUAUAUCUUGGUAUCAAUUCGUUCACAACCAUUGCAAAAGGUGCAUUCGAAAACCUGAAAGGUUUAAAUCGACUAGAUUUACGUGGCGCUGCGCUAUAUAACAUAUCCUUAGAGACAUUUAGUGGACUUGACGGAGUCCGAAUAUUAGAUUUAUCAGAUAAUCGUCUACAACGUAUACCAACCGCUGAGCUCAGCUCAUUAAUUCGUUUGGAAGAUCUGUCGCUUGGCCAAAAUGAUUUUGUCACUGUUCCGGAGGGUGCUUUCAACGGACUUACAAAUUUGCGGCGACUAGACAUAACUGGAUCGUUAAAGUUAACACAAGUCCAAGCCGGUGCUUUCACAACCAACACUAAUUUAGAAUCAAUAACGCUUGCGUCCAACAAGGCACUGGUCGAAGUGCAAGAAGGAGCAUUGAGUGGAUUGCCACAUUUGAAGCAUGUAAUCUUACGCGAUAAUCAACUAACGACAUUAGCAGAAGGACUAUUUCCCUGGAGUGAAUUGGAAACGUUUGAUUUAACUGAGAAUCCGAUAACAUGUGAUUGUAGGGUGGUUUGGUUAAGGAAUUUGUUAGCGUCCAGAAAUAUAAGCCAGACUCAAGAAAGUGUACUGUGUGCCGCGCCGGAAACAUUGCGAGAGCAACCUUUGAAGGAAGUGUUACCAGACGUUUUGGGUUGUGCUCACACCGAUUCCCAACGGCAAGCAAUGCUCGGAGUAAUUCUGGUUGGCUCGGCAGCGUUCAUUACUGCCCUGUUGCUAAUAUCGUACAAAUGCCGCAAGAAAAUCCGUGAAGUUCUCAAAGGUCGAUGGGGAAACAGUGCACUCGGCCGCAAAGAGCGUGAAUACCAAAAAACAUUUUCCGAUGAAGAUUACAUGACCCGUAAUCCACAUCCCUGCAGCUUAGGCGUACAUCCGGCGCUAAACAAUUUGAACAAUUAUCCCCAUCAUCCAAACAUUCGGCCAAUACCGGUAACGGAACUAUAGCUAGAGGCCCCUCCUCCUCCUCCACCUCGGAGGGGC